AUGUCUGAACAAAUGGAGAAGGUGUCUACCAAGACGGGACCACCGCCAGCAGCGCCUUACUCCCAAGCCAUCAAAGCCGCCGGUCAAAUCUGGGUUUCCGGUCAACUGCCCGCCGACAGCACCGGCAAGCUCAUUGAAGGUAGCAUAACAGAAAAGACACGUGCAUGCUGUCAAAACGUAAAAGCCAUCCUCGAAGCUGGUGGCUCGUCGAUAGACAAAGUGGUUAGAGCUGGCAUAUUUUUGACAGAUAUGAAUGAUUUCAAAGAGAUGAACGAGGAAUAUGCAAAGUGGUUUGCGCAUAAGCCAGCUCGGACGUGUGUAGCUGUGCAUCAAUUGCCUUUUGGUGUGCCGAUUGAAAUUGAGGCUAUUGCACUGCAGUAA